UUUGGGGUGGUUGUGAUAUGUGACUGAUGCAAGUCCAGCUAUGACUUCAAUGCUAUGAUAUUGAUUAUAUAACCUUUCCAAUUUUUCUGGACACCAUAAAUAAAUCUCAACAUUUUACCCUUAAUUGUCUCACCCUAGUCACGGUUAUACUGCCUGGAUUUUGUACUAUGCUUUGUUAUAUAAUCAAUGUUAAAAUAGAAUAACAGAACUUUUAAAUAUAACUGUAAAACUGAUUUAUAUUGAUAUAAUCACUUCUAUGACCAAUUUUUUUUUACUUGAAUGAAAUGAUUAGAGUCUCUUUCGGCAUAACUAAAAGUUUCUCGAAUAAUUAGUAUCUGUAACUGAGCACAGAAGAUGUUGGAUUUAAAACACAAACUAACUGCAACUGAUGUUGGGUUUAAAACACAGACAAUUCCUGUUAUUCUUCAUUACCUGUCUUAAAUACUUGGCAUUCAGCUAUCUCACAUAGUCACAAAUCCAACCAGUUUAGAGAUUAACCAUUAGAUUCAUCAGAGUUUAAUAAAUGAGAGAAUUUCUACAUGUAUUGAGCAGAAAAAGUAUCUUCUGUUUCUUUUUACUGAUUAACUUUUACAGCUCAAUUUUCAUAGUCCUACUCCUACAUUAUGUCUCAUUCAAUUUCAUAUUCUCUCUUCAUUACUUUCAUCUUUUUUUUUUAUUUCAGAAAAAUAUUACGUCCAUACAUCAAAUUCACCAUGAAGUCCGAAGACUUUGAAUGCAGUAUCAAAUUCACAUGUCUUACCAAAAAGACUAUUGCACCUAUGGUUUACUUUACUUGUUCUGCUUUUCAGUCACAUGAUGUCUGCCUAAACAAUGGUAUGGAAAAUUAGCUUUGAGAUUUUGUGGUUGAGCUCUUACAUCAAAUCCUUUCCAAAUAGUGUUUUUUUACACUUGUAUAUAAGUUUUCUUGCAGGGUAAAACUUAAACUAUAGAGCAAUGGUUUCUGUUAAAUCAAGAUCUGUAAGGUUUCAUGAUGAUCUUGAAAAAGAGAAGUUAAAGGAAGUUGAAGAAAAUCAAAUGGAAAUGGCGGCGUAUGAGAUGAGCAAUCAACACAAGCAUGUAAGGGAUGCGAAAACCAAGCCAUCAUCAAAUGGAAAAGACCUUUCAAGAGUGUUUUCUGAAGAUUACGACGCAGAAGAGAUUUUAAUAUUAGAUCCUAGAGGACCGAGAGUGAAUUUAUGGAACAAAAUAUUCUUAGCAGCGUGUUUGAUAUCGCUGUUUGUGGAUCCGCUUUUCUUUUACUUACCUGUUGCUAAGAAAGAAAAGUGCAUUGAUAUGUCACUUGGUCUUGAAGUUUCACUUACCAUAAUAAGAGGCGAACUCAUUAUUGACUCCUCAAAGAUUGCAUCGAAUUAUCUCAGUAGAGACUUUUGGUUUGAUCUUGUUGCCGCACUACCACUUCCUCAGGUACUGAUUUGGGCUGUGAUUCCAAAUCUGAGGGGGUCAGAAAUGAUUGCGUCGAGGCAUAUAUUGCGCCUCGUGUCCAUUUUUCAGUACUUAUUGAGGUUGUAUCUUAUUUAUCCUCUAUCGUCUGUAAUUGUCAAGGCGAAUGGAGUCAUGAUGGAGAAAGCUUGGGCUGGUGCAGCUUAUAAUUUGACACUCUAUAUGCUUGCUAGUCAUGUUUUAGGAUCUACAUGGUACCUGUUAUCGAUUGAAAGACAAGAUGAAUGCUGGAAGAAAGCUUGUACACUUGAAUUUUCACAUUGUCGGUAUCAUUAUCUUGACUGUCGAAGCCUUGGUGAUCCGAAUAGGAAUUCAUGGCUUAGAUCAAGCAAUGUCUCUGGUCUAUGUGAUAAUAACAGUGCCUUCUUUCAGUUUGGAAUUUUCGCCGAUGCUUUGACUUUGGAAAUAACUAGCUCGAAAUUCUUAAACAAAUACUAUUACUGUCUUUGGUGGGGAUUGAGGAAUUUAAGCUCUGCAGGACAGAAUCUCUUAACAAGUACACAUGUUCCAGAGAUAAAUUUUGCUGUGAUUGUUGCAAUUCUUGGGUUGGUGCUUUUUGCACUACUCAUAGGCAAUAUGCAAACAUACCUUCAGUCGACCACUAUACGGUUGGAGGAGUGGAGAAUAAGAAGGACAGAUACCGAAAGAUGGAUGCAUCACAGGCAGCUCCCUCGUUACCUGAAGCAAAAUGUUCGACGCCAUGACCAAUUCAGAUGGGUCGCUACUCGUGGUGUCGACGAGGAAGCUAUUCUUAGAGACCUUCCUGUGGAUCUAAGACGUGAUAUUAAACGCCACCUUUGCCUUAAUCUAGUUAGACAAGUACCACUAUUUGAUCAGAUGGAUGACAGAAUGUUAGAUGCAAUAUGUGAAAGGCUGAAGCCAACUCUAUGCAGUGCCGGAACUUGCAUAGUUCGCGAAUGCGACCCUGUCAACGAAAUGCUCUUCAUCGUUCGAGGACGCCUAGAUUCCUGCACAACCAACGGUGGCAGAACUGGUUUCUUCAACACCUGCAGAAUAGGCUCGGGCGACUUCUGUGGUGAAGAGCUUUUACCAUGGGCCUUAGACCCUCGUCCAACCGUCGUACUUCCUUCUUCUACUCGAACGGUAAAGGCCAUAACCGAAGUUGAAGCUUUCGCACUCAUUGCCGAGGAUUUAAAAUUUGUAGCAGCGCAAUUCCGCCGCUUACAUAGCAAACAACUGAGACAAACCUUUAGAUUCUAUUCACAUCAGUGGCGGACAUGGGCGGCAUGUUUUAUACAAGCGGCUUGGUUUCGGUAUAAAAGAAUGAAAGAGAUAAACGAAGUUAAGGAAAAGGAGAAUCUUAUGAUGAUGGCAAAUGUGAACUAUUAUGGACAUGAUGAUUCUCAAUCUUUUUCUGCACCUUUGCAGGCUCCAAUGGGAUCAAGUUAUUCAAUGUAUUCUGGAAAACUUGUAGGUAGUUUAAGGAAAGGUAGGAGUAUGAGAUAUGGGUCUGAACUUGAUCUUCUUGGUGCAUUAAGGAAGCCUCUUGAACCAGAUUUUAAUGAUGAUGGUGAUUAAAGAAACUUAAGGAAUGAAAAGUUGUUUGCAUGGAGAAGGUUUAUUAAUGAUUAGUGUUUGUUAAUGUAUGUGUUAAUUAGGAUCAUUAGUAGUAGACUAUGUGUUCUGCUUACUAGUUAAAUUAGUUAUAGUAAUACUUUGUAACUAUGAUGAACUUUUAUCAAUUUUAGGCUAGGAUAAAGUAUCAAGGAUGGAAUUAAUGGAAAUGACAUAGGUAUGAAAUGAAAAUUUGCAUGAAUAACCCAUUUGACCAUUGCUUUUCAGAGCUUUAUGUAAUACUCUUUUGUCAUAUGACUUAAAAAGUGAUUUUCAAA